AUGACUACCGUUGUGCUGAUCCUUAUAUUCUUCGUCUCAACUGCCAGUUGGGUGGUCCGCUAUCGCUUUCUGAACAUGUACUCACGUCUACCUCCGGAGCCCCAACGCAAAGAGCCUCAGGUCGAAGUCUUCCCAGAUACUCAAGAGACGGACUCCAAGCAGGGUCUGGCAAACUAUCUUGAUGAGUUUUUGAGUGCCAUCAAGGUUUUUGGUUAUCUCGAACGUCCCGUCUUCCACGAGCUCACCCGGACUAUGCAAACAAGGAAGCUCAUUGCUGGUGAGACCAUCUUACUGGAAGAGGAGAAAGGCUUUUGUCUGGUGGUGGAUGGCUUGGUCCAGAUUUUUGUCAAGUCGAACAAGGACAGAGAAGAGGAUCCAUCGACUGGCAGGACCACUCCCGACGAGACUGGAGUUGACGAUGAAGGACGCAUACAUGGCAACCAAGGAUAUCAGUUGUUGACUGNNGAAGUAAAGAAUGGUGCUCCCAUGUCUUCUUUAUUCUCCAUUCUGUCUCUCUUCACGGAGGAUGUCAAGCUGCGUCACGAUGAGAAGGAUGUCGAUCCAGGCUCGACCGUCCGAGAUAGCGCCCAGCCCCAAACACCACUCUCAAGUCGUUUUCCUCGCAGCGGUGCUGCCACUCCUUUAUCGCCUAUCGUGAGCCCCAACCUUACUGCUACUGGAGCAGAGUCUCAUACCGUCCUACAUGGUCUCGAUGCUGCGUCCUUUGCCCAAAGCGCAGUACCUGCAUUCUCUCUAAACGAUCCGAAUGAGGCAGGCCCUGACCCCAGGUCGAGACAAGGUAGCAGGCAUGAUGCUCGCAGACAAUCUACCAAGCACAUCUCCGCCCAUCCGGAUAUCGUUGCAAGGGCUUCUGUCGACACCACAAUCGCCAUCAUUCCAGCAACUGCUUUCCGACGACUUACCCGUGUCUAUCCCAAAGCAACUUCACACAUCGUCCAAGUCAUCCUCACUCGGCUCCAGCGUGUGACGAUGGCGACAGGCCACCAGUAUCUCGGCCUCACUGGGGAGGUCCUGCGUACCGAAAGACUUAUGGAUGGUUACACCGCAUACGACCUUCCUGACUUCCUGAAAGGAGACGCCAUGGAGAGACUGAAGGGCAAAUUCACGAAGGAAAAGGAGCGCACUGGCCCAGAGGAGAUUGCUAAGGGCAUUGCUCUUCACAAUCCACGUGCUGGCCAAAGGAAGAAGACAGCAACUGGUUUACGGAAAGAAGCCGUUCUUCAUGCACAAGCUACGCCCAGCAGUCGUCGUGGUGGAGGAGGAAGGAGCGAGUCCAUUCACACGCCAAUCCGUAACAGCAGGCUUAGUCAAGAGCGAGGUCCCCUAUCGCCUGACCCUGAGAAAGACAGAUCUGGUGUCAGUGCUGGAGAUUUACUGACCAACAACAACAACGUAGCAAGACAAGGUGGUCGUAAGAACCUGGCACCAUAUUCGUUGCCCUUCCAGACUCCCAGGCCUCUCACAAGGGACGGCAUGAGCCCCUUAGCCAGCAAGAAUUUCAAUCCUUUCGAUGCCUCCAUCAAGACUCUGCGCCGUCAGGACUCGGUAGACGAGGACAUGAUCUUCAGAGAAUCCAUCCUAGAUUGCAUGUUCAAGGCUAUUGGACUGACCAACACGAAAGACGGACUAUCAAGGACGGACUCCCUACCACAGUCGCCCAAACUUGUCUCUUAUGAUUCAAAACGGCAAAAAGCUGUCUUCAACAAUGCAUUUGGCUUCAUCGACCCUUUCGAUCCUAAUGACGGCGAGACCGAGUCCAUUGCCUCGACAGCUUUCAGCGCGACUGGCAACAUGAACGUCUUGGAAGACAUGAAGGAGGAAGUUGAAAUUGUCUUCUUCCCAAAGGGCUCUGUCCUUGUCGAACAAGGAGAGCGUAACCCUGGACUCUACUAUGUCAUUGAUGGCUUCCUUGAUGUCAGUGUGCCUCUCGAGGAAUCUGAGGCAGCAGAAUCGAACAUCUUUGGUACCUCGGCUGGUGUCGAUUUGGAUGACACGCCCCAGACGAUCAGAUCAUCUGGAGGCAGAAACAUGGGCAGUGUUCGAAGACCCAGCUCACUCUCGCUCAACCCAAAGCUCCCAAACAAGCCACGCAACAGGAGACAAAAGAGCCUCUUUUUGACCAAGCCUGGUGGAUUGGCUGGUUAUCUUGGAACAGUCUCUUCGUAUCGUUCUUUCAUCGAUGUCACCGCCAAGACUGAUGUCUACGUAGGUUUCCUACCACGAGCAGCUGUAGAGAAAAUCGUGGAGAGGUUCCCAAUCGUGCUACUUACCAUAGCCAAGCGUCUUACCACUCUGCUCCCAAAACUCAUCCUGCACAUUGACUUCGCCCUUGAGUGGGUACAGGUCAAUGCUGGUCAAGUUAUCUACAACCAGAGUGAGGAGAGCGAUGCAAUAUAUAUCGUGCUCAACGGUAGAUUGAGAGCAAUCCAAGAAGGACCAGACGACAAGAUGAGAGUUAUUGGCGAGUACGGUCAAGGCGACAGUGUCGGAGAACUUGAAGUUCUAACCGAGUCCACCCGACCGGGUACGCUGCUGGCCAUUCGUGACACAGAGCUGGCAAAAUUCCCCAAGUCGCUUUUCAACAGUCUUGCUCACGAACACCCUGGCAUCACGAUGAAGAUCUCCAAAAUCAUUGCCUCUCGCAUGCGCGCACUGAUUGAGGAUCCCACUUCCGAACACGGCAAAGACACAAGCAGGAUUGCAACUCGUAGCAAAGCUUCUUCAACUACUAAUCUGCGCACUGUCGCGAUUCUGCCUGUCACAGCAGGCGUUCCUGUAGUUGAGUUUGGUCAUCGCUUGCUCAAUGCUCUGAAUCAGAUUGGUGCUACACCACAAAGAACCACUUCGCUCAACCAAGCAGCCAUUCUGAACCACCUUGGCAGACACGCAUUCACCAAGAUGGGCAAGCUCAAGCUAUCUCAGUACUUGGCUGAUCUUGAAGAGAAGUUUGCGCUGGUUUUAUAUGUCGCUGACACAAACGUCAAGUCACCAUGGACGCAGACUUGCAUCAACCAGGCAGAUUGCAUUCUGCUUGUGGGUCUAGCAGAGGGCUCGCCUGCCAUUGGCGAGUAUGAGCGCUUCCUUCUCACGACAAAGACCACGGCGAGAAAGGAACUCGUCUUGCUACACGCCGAGAGAUAUUGCCAUCCUGGACUCACGCGCAAGUGGCUUAGAGACCGUUCUUGGAUCAAUGGAAGCCAUCACCAUAUCCACAUGUCUUUCCGCGACAACGUUGAGCCUGUUCAUCCCCAGAUCAGCAGAAGGUUUAGUACAGCCAUCAAGCAGCGUGUCCAAGUCAUUCAGGCCGAGAUUCAGAAAUAUACUUCCAGAAAGGUGCGACAGACGCCGUUGUAUUCAGCCGAGACUCCUUUCAAGGGUGACUUCCAUCGCCUGGCUCGCCGUCUCCUCGGCAAGUCUGUUGGCCUUGUGCUUGGUGGAGGUGGCGCUCGAGGUAUUGCUCACGUGGGUAUCAUCAAAGCCAUGGAAGAGGCUGGCAUCCCUAUCGAUAUUGUUGGAGGCACAUCGAUCGGCUCCUUUAUUGGUGCACUCUAUGCAUGGGACGCCGAUGUGGUCCCUAUGUAUGGUCGAGCCAAGAAGUUCUCAGGAAGAAUGGGCAGUAUGUGGCGAUUUGCUCUGGACCUGACCUACCCCUCGUAA